AUGUCUCGCGGCAGCUCAUGGAUACCUCAUAGGCAUCAUCAUAAGGAUGAUGUACAUGUGAAUGAGACCAAGAACGCUGUUGCCAUGCAAGUUGACAAUGAUGAUCCCGACUGCAGUAUGAGCGUCGACUGUGAAUUUAAUAAGGGUCAGACUGACCUCAUUCAGAAUACUCUUUGA